AAAGAUGUGAUCGAGCAUAAACCAAAGGCAAAGCAGAGCUUUUGAAAGAAAAAAUCACAAAAAAUAAAUAAAUUUGGGGUCCCUGUGUGAAGAAGAAGGGCGGAGACUAGAAAAUGAGCCUACAGUUACUAUCACAGCGGAUUUACUUCUAAUAAUCAUAUUCAAAAUGGAGGAUGGAGACGAACUCACGAGCGCUGCGGCCAAUGGAGACGAAAAGCUUAUAAAAUCAUUGUUAGACAGUGGUGCCAAUCCUAACUCUUACUCGGCACAAGGUUUUCGACCAGCAUGCAUUGCAGCCUUUUGGGGGUACAGUAGCAUUGUACGUCUGCUACUAGACAGUGGUGCUGAUGUGAAUGGAUGUAACAAAGGUACACUAUGGACUCCUCUGCACUGUGCUGCUUUCCAAGGUCAUGGCAAGGUUGUCAUGACAAUAAUGGAAUACAAACCUGAUCUUACGUUGACUGAUAGCAAAGAAAGGACUGCAGCUGACUUUGCUUCUGCAAUAGAAAAUAUUUGGCCAUUCUUUGCUGCUGCUAACUGCAAAAGGACACCAAAAUCAGAGUUGAUCAGAUUGGAUAUUGUUAAAAAGGUAUCAAACAAGGAAAUUCAACAAAUCCCUCAAAAUGAAACAGCUUACUUCUCCAGACCUGGCUCCGCAUACAUAGUGAGAAAUCAAUCUCUUCAUGGAUCUGGGAGAACAUCAAGACCUUCUAUUGAAGAACAAAGGGAACACAUUGCAUUCAGUAAUGGAGAUGUUCUGACUGAUGGGGAUUCCCCAUGUAUGAACCAACAAGACAGCCCUUCUUUUAAUGCAUGGAGAAAUUAAUCUGCUCAAAGGGUAUUCCCUUGUCUUGAUAAACUGGUAACAAAGGGGAUCCCCUUGCUGUUGGCCUUUCAUUUGCUUUGUGGAAAAGUGCACUCUGCUAACGGAGGGAAUCAGUCAUGUGACAAAGAAAAAGAACUGGGCUGCCUUUUUUUCAGUGAUUUGAAACUAUUGACAGAGUGGAAUUCCUUUUGGCAAGUCUAGAGUAGAGAACUUUUGGAGGACAAAUCCUUCCUCUGAAGGAUAAAAAACAACAGGAUGUAUAAUGAUUUUUAUGGAGGAGUAAUUGGAUUUCCAUCUGAAAGAGAGGGAUUCCCCUGUUAUGAGAAACAAGUGGAGAUUCCCAGGAAGCAAAGAAAAUUCUCUUCAAUAAUGGAAACGUCUUGGGGGAUUCCCCUGUGAUUGAUAUGCAAGGAACCAGAAAGAAGAUGAUUUUGAUUUGCUGUUCCAUUCAUUGGAUACCACAAGCUUAAUUAAAAUCUUCAAUAAAUAGAUAUUGAAUGCUACAUGGAGAAGAUUCCCCUAUAAAAAAGUCGGAAAGAAAAAAUGAUCUUCAUUGACUGGAUAAUGGAUGUUAGAAGAGAUCCCUCUUUAGAUAAUUAAGCAUUCUGCUAGUUGUAUUGAGAUAAAUGAAUAUCUGUCUUGCAUUCAAAGUGUGACUAAUAAUAAUGUUCGAAAUAGAGCGAUGGUACUUAAUCUG